GGACAGGGGGACCUACAGCCCCCUGCCGUCCAAGCCUCCCCGCCUCCCAGCCCUGCUGGUGCCCCUCAAUCCCAACCCUCAGCACCAUUGGUGUUCUAACUUGGGGGGACUGGCUGGCUGCUGGGGGAGGAGGGGAGCUUUCCCUCUAGGGACGCCAGCCCCGAUCCGGCCCCAGGGUGGGGGCUGGAAAGUUCGGUCCCAUGUGCUGAUGGUGCUUGUUGCCCCCAGCCCUCCGUUGUGCAUGCUGCCCUGGGCAGUUCCCUGCAGGCAGCCUAGGAGGAACCGAUCAGCAACUCGACUUCCCCUUUCAGCAGUGCGACAACGUGGUUUAACCUGUGGGUUCCAGCUUCCUGCGCUGGGCGGCCCGAGGCAGUGCAGAGUCACAGCUCUGCCAGAGCCCCCAGGCCCCACGCUGGAGCCCCCCGCAGCCUCGGACAUGGGCUCUGAGCCCCCACAGGAUCUCCAGCCCCCCAGCAUGCUGCGCCGAUUCUCCUUGGUGGACAACAGCCAGCAGAAGUGGAAGCCCCGUCUGCGCUCACUCUCCACGGCCCGCAGCACGGACAGUCUGGACAGGACGGGGGAUGGGCCGCUCCGCCCUCUGGGGAACACAGCCGCCAGUGUCAAGGGGAAAGCUCCCAAGAGGCUGUCCAUCACCCGAGCCCAUUUCCCCAAGCUGGCUGAUUGCGCCCACUUCCACUAUGAGGCCGUGGACUUUGGACACAUCCAGCUCCUGCUGGCCUCCGAGCAAGGGGAGGGGCUGCCCAGUACCCUGGGGGACAGGGAGCUACUCUUCAUCGUCCAGGUCACCUGCCGGGGGAAGACAUGGCCUGUUCACCGCAGCUACGAGGAGUUCUGCAGGCUGGACGGGCACUUGCACUGCUGCAUCUUCGACCGCCGCUUCUCCCAGCUGCCCGAGCUGCCACCGCCCUGCCAGGCCCGGGGACAGGCUGAGAUGCUGGCCCCUGUCCUGCGGCAGUACCUGGAGAAGCUCUCGGCCAUUGUGGACAGCAACAUUAACUGCGGGCCUGUCCUCACCUGGAUGGAGAUCGAUAAUCAUGGCAACCGGCUGCUGGUGAACGAGGAGGCCUCGAUCAACGUUCCGGCCAUUGCGGCCGCCCACGUCAUCAAGCGCUACACGGCCCAGGCCCCUGACGAGCUGUCCUUCGAGGUUGGGGACAUUGUGUCGGUAAUCGACAUGCCCCCCAAGGAGGAGGUCAGCUGGUGGCGAGGAAAGCACGGCUUCCAGGUCGGUUUCUUCCCCAGCGAGUGUGUUGAGCUCUUCCCGGACCGCCUGGCGCCAGAGCUCAAAGCAGACACAGACGGGACGGGCGCCAGCAUCCCUGGGGUCCUCACACCUCAGGGGCCCCUCUCCCCCACAUUGGUGUGUAAGAAGCAUGGGAAGCUCCUCGGUUUUCUUCGCACCUUCAUGAAGUCACGGCCCAGCAAGCAGCGACUGAAGCAGCGCGGGAUCUUGCGUGAGCGCGUCUUCGGCUGCGACCUGGGGGAGCACCUCCUGAACUCGGGGCACGACGUUCCCCAGGUCCUGCGCUGCUGCUCAGAGUUCAUUGAGAAGCAUGGCAUGGUGGACGGGAUCUAUCGCCUCUCGGGUGUCGCCUCCAACAUCCAGAAGCUGCGGCACGAGUUCGACAGCGAGCGGGUGCCAGAGCUGGGCCGGGCGACCUACCUGCAGGACAUCCACUGCGUGAGCUCCCUGUGCAAGCUCUACUUCCGUGAGCUGCCCAACCCGCUGCUCACCUACCAGCUCUACCACAAGUUCGCGGAAGCUGUGGCGGUGCCCGGCGAGGAGGAGCGCCUGGUGCGGGUGCAUGACGUCAUUCAGCAGCUGCCACCGCCCCACUACAGGACCCUGGAGUUCCUACUGCGGCACCUGGCGCGGGUGGCCACACACAGCCCAGAAACCAGCAUGCACGUCAAGAACCUGGCCAUCGUAUGGGCCCCCAACCUGCUCCGGUCGCUGGAGCUGGAGGCUGUGGGGCUGAGCGGGGCGGAGGCCUUCCACGAGGUGCGGGUCCAGUCCGUGGUGGUCGAGUUCCUCCUCAACCACGUCCAGGUGCUGUUCAGCAACAAGUUCACCUCCAUCGGCAAGGACAGCGCAGGAAUCGGAGGCUUCCCCCCCACUGCCCGGGGCGCUGUGCCUGUUUCGGCAUGUGCCGCCCCCGCCGCCCCCAAAGAACCCAGCCCGGCUGAUGGCGCUGGCACUGGCGGAGAGUGCACACCGGGCCGCCCGGCAGCAGCAAGGGGCACCACGCAGGGAGCAGCGUGCCCAGUUCCGGCGCUCCCUAUCCCUGGAAGGUGGGGGGGAGGGGGCAGCAAUGGGGCUGGGCACUCUGUACUCUGUGGUGCGCCCUGGCCCUGCUGCCCAGCUCCCUGACCCCUCUCUGCAGCGCCAGCAGAGUGAGGGGGAACCCCGGGGCCAGCGUCAGGAGCGUGCAGGGGGCCCCCAGGUCACAUUGGCCAAGGCCCCUGCCCCAGGUGGGGAGGGGGGCAGGGCCAGCUUGGCAGCCCCCCCCCACUACAGCAAAGCCCCCCCUGACACCCACCACUGGGGCCCUGAACCCCACCUGCCCUGCCAGACCCAGCCGCUGCCCUUCCCCCGAGCACUGGACCCUGCCCCCCGCCACCCGCAGGCCCCACCCAAGCCCCCAGCCCCCCUGCACUUCCACCCCCCACCUGCGGCCUGUCUCAACGCCACCCCCCAGUGGCUGGGCCCCCCCUGCACUGCCCCUCCAUAUCCUCCGGAGCCACAGCUGCACCAGCGCCACCACUUCCUAGCUCCCCGCCCCCCCGGCGCUGCCACACAUCCCCGGCGCCCGCUGCUGGAGCCCGCAGCCGAGAACCUGUACUACGAGAUCGUCCCAGAGCCGCCCGUCUACCGGCCCUGGCCCCUGGGCCCCCCGCGCCUCCCGGCACCCCGCAAGUACAUGGCCACCCUCAACGCCUCCUACGGCGUCUUCCAGCAGCCCAGGCCCAACCCCUUGGCCCCAACCCCACCCUUCUGGGCCAUCUUCGAGGAUGGGCGCGUCCGCUACGAGCCACCGGAGCCCAUCUACGUCAACGUCCCCUUUGCUGGCCCUCCGGCAGGGCCAGAGGCCAGGGGGCACCGCCGCAGCAGGGCCACGCCCCCCUCAUCCUCGUCCUCUGCCUCGGCCUCCCCUCCGCCGGAGGGCGGGCACCUGCGCAGCCGCUCUGAGCCUGGCGCUGCCCGCGCUGCCCUGCACCGCCCCCCGGUGCCGGCCCUGCCGCAGAAACAGAGGCAGGGCCUGCGGGCAGCACCAGGCUGGGCCUACGGACCGCCAUCAGUGCCAGGACUUUACCGCCAGCUACUAGACGUGCUGCCCUGUGGCGGCACCAUGCUGCGGUUCUACCGCCCAGCACCACCUGGCUGGGAGCCGGCCACCGGCUGCACCCCUCCCUUCACCACCUACGCUGAGCCCUCGCCCCGGCCUCCUGCCCUCCUCAGCCCUAGCCUGCUGGACGGUUACCGGCUGGGGCCCUACUCCCCCUAUGCAGAGCACCUGCCCCCCCAGUAUGGCAACGUGGAGAAAAAGGAGGGGCCUCCCCCACCACCUGCGUGCCUGGCUCCCAACUGGACGGUGCACUCUGAGGGGCAGACCCGGAGCUACUGCUGAUGGGGGGCCCAGGCUGGACCACGAGGGACCCUGGGUGGGGGGGCUGGAGGACCUGUGUUGAGCUCCCUAAGUGCUGACACAUACCCCUGGGUGCAGGAUCUGAGCAUUGGCUGGGGACCAUUGCUGAGACAGUCAGGCUGUGACAUCAUGUGAGGCCCCAAUAACGUCAUCCGAGGUCUGUAUGACACGCCUGAGCUGCUGCAGGGCUGGAGUGAUAUCACACUGGGAUCAUGAAUGGCAGGAGGAUGGGCACUGUAACAUCACAAUGAGGCCACCAAUGGCAACAGGACUGGUACAGUGACAUCGCUACAGGGCCAUCAGUGGUGAGAUGAACACCCGAUGUGAUGGCAGCCCAAUUGCAUUGCUGCUCCCCAAUGAUGUUAACAGCUGCUCUCCAAUGACCUCAGGGCCCCUCACUGACAUCACCACAUCCCAUAUGCUAUCACUGGGCUACGAUCACCAUCACACCCAGUAUGACAUCAUUGCCCACCUUGGCUAGGCCUCCACCUGCUGAUGCUCAGCGACCGCCUCAGUGUGACAUAGGGAGGGGGCAUGGGUGACGUCAGCAGAACCAUGAAUGACAUCACUAUCUGACUCUGCCUCCCAGGGGCCAGUGUGGGGCAUAAAACUAUUGGGGUCUUGCCCCACUGCCAGCCCUGGUAAUAGGGGGACCCUCCCUGUCCCCUGUGGGGGGGGGGGGCAGGGGACGCUGUUCUAUAAAGCUUUUAAAGCUGAGAAAGAUUUCUAACGUUUUAACCCUUCAUUAACCCAAUUAAAACACCCCCAACCCUGAGAUGGGAUCCCCCAGCGAGGGGGGGCGGCACCAAGGGUAAUGGAGGGAGGCUAAAGGAAAAAAAUCCCUCCCCAGCCUGCCUGUCUGGCCUCCCUGGUCAGCAUGACCCAUGAGCUGGGGGUGGGGGGCAUGUACAUAUCUGGCUAGAUUGGGGGUGUGCCUGCUGCCCCCUGCUGGAGGAGCUGAGCCCUGCUUGGGGUGUGUGAUGGUGGGUGCUUGGUUGUGUUGUGUGGCUGUGGCUGUAGUUGUCUGGUUGUGGCAGUACCGCAGUGUGUGUGGGGUAUGUUAUGGGGUAGCUGGAGGUGUCGGGGGCACCCCCUGCUGACCCUCCCAGUGGCUGAGAACGGCAAUUCCUGGGGGUGGGCAGCAUCUGACUGACUAUUGCACUAACUCCCAUUGUGACUUUGGGGGUCCCCUGGGAGUUAUGACCUUUGACCCCCCCAUACCCUGUACCCCCCACCCCCAUGAUAAAGGGGCAGUGCUGUGACCAGCUGGGCCCAGGGUGGGUGGGGUUGCCCUGGGAGUGCUGACCUCCGCCAAUACCCUAAUCCUAUAACCCACCCCCAGCCAAAAUCCCACAGAUUGGGGGGGAAGGGCUAAUCCUGGUUCACCUAAUUCAGCCCCAUCCCCACUGCAGGGCCCUGGAGUGCUGCUGUGACUGUUCCCCUGGUGAGUGUAUUUGUUGAAGAUCCUGCCCUCCCCCCAUUCUGUACUAAAUGGUUUAAACCAACCCCAUAAACUAAUAAAGACAAAAACGAAACCAAAAAA